AUGAGUGAUCGAGAAGUAUCUUCUCGUGAGACCAACGCCCCUCAAUUAGCAGCAUAUGUCAAACCUCACCAUGAUGUAUAUCCUUUCAUAGAUCCUACCAAUGCUCAUUUGGCUGGUAAAUCUGUGUUCAUCACGGGUGCCUCCAAAGGUAUUGGUAAGGCUGCUGCCUUGGCCUUUGCGACGGCUGGCUGUUCCAAAAUUGCAAUUGCUGCACGUUCUAGCCUAGGCGGUGUCGAAAUGGCCAUCAGAGAAGCUGCUGCCAGGGAAAUUCAUCCUGAGCCUCUUGUUCUAAGCCUAACUGUGGAUGUAAUGUCCGAAGAGUCAGUACGAAUGGCUGCUGAGGCUACUGAUCAGGCGUUUGCCGGAAGCCUCGACGUCUUGAUUUGCAAUGCUGGCUACCUGGAAGAUUGGCGAAAAUUAGCUGAGUCUCAAGCUGAUGAUUGGUGGAAGUCGUGGGAAGUCAAUAUGAAGGGCACAUACCUCUGUCACCGGUACUUUAUACCGCUGUUGCUCAAGUCGCAAACAAAGACAAUCAUCAACUGCAGCAGUAUAGGCGGCCAUCACAUUUUACCAGGUGCCUCCGGUUACCAAACCGCGAAAUUUGCAAUGGCUCGUUUUACCGAGUUUGCAGAUAAAGAAUAUUAUCAGCAAGGUUUGAUUGCAAUCAAUUUGCAUCCUGGCAGCGUUGCUACAGAAUUGGGUCAGAGUAUGCCAAAAUAUCUGCAUCAAGUUUUGAUUGAUCCACCGGAGUUGGCAGCUCAUACGUUUGUAUGGCUGGCUAAGGAAAGGAGAGAAUGGUUGUCUGGUCGAUUCAUUAGUGUGUGCUGGGACAUGCAAGAACUCGAACAGAAAAAGGACGAAAUAUUGCAGAAGAAUGCGCUGAAAGUUCGAAUAGUCCUUUGA